UCUGCCACAAUCACUGCUUCAGUAUCAUCCUCAACGCCUGUUGCCCAGCCGACGUCUGCUACAAUCACUGCUUCAGCAUCAUCUUCAAAGUUUGUUUCCCAAUCGUCUUCUCCCACAACGGCUUCUUCCCCAUCAUCCUCAACGCCUGUUGCUCAGACGACAUCUGCUACAAUCACUCCUUCAACGUCCUCAUCAGCCGUCACACAAUCUUCAACGCCUGUCGUCCAGGUGACUAUCAUCCUCAACGCCUGUUGCCCAGCCGACGUCUGCUACAAUCACUGCUUCAGCAUCAUCUUCAAAGUUUGUUUCCCAAUCGUCUUCUCCCACAACGGCUUCUUCCCCAUCAUCCUCAACGCCUGUUGCUCAGACGACAUCUGCUACAAUCACUCCUUCAACGUCCUCAUCAGCCGUCACACAAUCUUCAACGCCUGUCGUCCAGGUGACACAACCGCUGCUUCAACAUCAUCGUCAGCUGUGACACAAUCUUCAACACCUGUUGUCCAGUCGAUGUCUGCUGCCAUCGCUGCUUCAGCAUCAUCGUCAACUGUAACACAAUCUACAACGCCUGUUGCCCAGCCGACGUCUGCCACAAUCACUGCUUCAGUAUCAUCCUCAACGCCUGUUGCCCAGCCGACGUCUGCUAUAAUCACUGCUUCCCCAUCAUCCUCAACGCCUGUUGCUCAGACGACAUCUGCUACAAUCACUCCUUCAACAUCCUCAUCAGCCGUCACACAAUCUUCAACGCCUGUCGUCCAGGUGACGUCUGCUUCAAUCACUGCUUCAGCAUCAUCGUCAACCAUGACACAAUCUUCAACACCUGUUCUCCAGUCGACGUCAGCUACAAUCACUCCUACAACAUCAUCGUCAGCUGUGACACAAUCUUCAACAUCUGUUGUCCAGUCGGCGUCUUCUACAACCGCUGCUUCAACAUCAUCGUCAGCUGUGACACAAUCUUCAACACCUGUUGUCCAGUCGAUGUCUGCUGCCAUCGCUGCUUCAGCAUCAUCGUCAACUGUAACACAAUCUACAACGCCUGUUGCCCAGCCGACGUCUGCUACAAUCGCUACUUCUGCAUCAUCCUCAACGUCUGUUGCCGAAUCGACGUCUGUCACAAUUGCUGCUUCAGAAUCGUCGUCGACUGUAACACAAUUUGUCGCAUCUGUUGCUCCGUCGACAUCUGCCACAAUAAUCACUUCAGCAUCGUCUUGUAUGCAGUCAUCGUUGGCAGUGACACCAACAUCAACACCUGUUGUCCAGUCGACAUCUGGCACAAUCGUCGCAUCAGCAUCGUCUUCCAUGCAAUCAUCGUCGUCAGUGAUAACUGGGUGUUGAGCAUCUAUCCACCCCUGUACAUCCUCUAUUGUCGUCAUCACUCCUGGCACAAGUCCAACCAUUCGAUAACACCAUGUGAACAAUCAUUCUCCUCCUUAUCGUCCCAAAUACAAGCAUAUACCAUCGGAUAUCACCGGUAAACGUCAUCGGUGUCUUCUUGCCCAGAUGUUCAUCACUGUCGACGACAUGAUUUGGGUAUGAGCAUCCAUUUCACUGUGGACGUAGGUGUCAAGGAUGUAGUAUCUCAAACUGUUUCGGAAAAAGGAAUUGGGGCUUACUGUGUCCAUCAGAUGUGGUGACAGAACACUUGACUUCAGGUUUCCAGAUUCUAAAAUAUCAAAUCGACAUUCACCUGACAAGAAAGCCAUAUGUUGUCAUUACCAUAUAUCCAUAUGAACCUGGAAUGGCGCUCUAUCAUGUACAGGUGACAAAACACCAAUAUAUGAAUAGCACAUUCGUCAGUAUUUGACACAUAACAUAUCACUUUAAUACUAACAGUAUUGUGUAUAUCAGAAUGGUAUUAGUUCAGUGACUCAAUGGACUCCGAGCCAGUAGUCACAUGUACAUAAUGGAUAUAUCUUCAGACUGUGUGGGGUUCAUGUCUGACCUUAAAUGGCGUCAGAGUAGGGAGUCACUCAGCCUAACAUUCCAAACAACAUUAAACAUUAGAGAUGUUGUUAUACAUUUAAUUCGACAAAUAUGAGGAAAAUGAUGUUUAUAAUAUCCCCAGCUUGGAUUAUGGGAUAUUACACAAAUUAAUGGGAUGUGAAUACAUACUUAUUAUGGACAUAACAACGUGCAGCGUCUAACAGUCGACCACAAGAUACCAGGAAGAAAUGUGUCCCCUGGCACUUACUGGCCUGUUCGCUGGUUCGAACUUGUCUUGUAAUACAUGUGCCUUUCCUUGUAUUAUAUUACGACAUGUAAAUAUGUAUAUGUGUAUAUGAACCCUCACUUCUAAGCUGUACGUAACACUAAUAAAAUAUAUUACUAUUA